AAGCAUUUCACUUUUAUAAGAUAACCAGCAAAAAUCCUCAAUAUUUCAGAAGUUCCAAUGGCGAAAGGCAAGGAACUAAAAGGUGUCCAGAACCGCAUCAUCUAUUCUAGAGCAUCGUACCUUUAUCAAGCUGCCUCAUAUCUUACUAAACAGUCCUCAACUGGGCAAGAUGCUGCAGCAAAAUCAUCAACCCCAAGCCAUGGGCACAGUGUUUCCCCUCAAACAAGAAACGAGGAAAGAGCACUGAGGAAUAUGUCUCGUCAGGCCAUUUCAGACCUACGAGCUGUGACUCUCAAAGCACAAGUACGGCGAAGUCCGGCUAUGAAGCAAACUAUUUGCAAGUUUUGCGACACUCUACUAGUCGAGGGCGACACCUGUACAUCAACCGUGGAGAAUGCGAGCAAAGGAGGGCGAAAGCCAUGGGCUGAUAUUUUAAACAUCAACUGCAAGACUUGCGGUAAUGUCAAGAGAUACCCAGUCUGUGCCCCGAGACAAAAGCGGAAGCACAUGCGCAAGCUUGAUCACAAAGAAGGCACAGAAUAUAGCAGCAAUGAAUCGAAAGUACAGGGGCCAACUGCCCAGACAACACCACACAAAACGCCCAUCCCGACACCAGGUCAGACGCCGGGACCUUGAAUAAAACAAGAGAAAGUCAAGGUCGUUCAAGCAACGAAUAGACCGACGUCGUCCUCAAGGACCAAGCCCAACUUGAGUUGUAUCCAGAGAACUCACAUUUGAGCCAGAGACUGGAAAGGCUGCUUGAGUCUUGGUUUAUGACAUGAUUGAACAUCGAAACUGCACUGUUUCCGCUUCGCUCAAACAUGUGUGUUCUCCGUUAUCUCAAUUGUAGUUCAAGGUUUCUAGCUGGAGGUUGUCAUCCCUUCAGAGCAUACUUUUAUGCUGACGAUAGACAAUAGACCAGGGCCUUUGAGAAGUCACCCGGCCUUAUUCUUAAGGCCGGGAGCACUGGAGGACGUUAUAACACAUAUCAGAUACUAUACUUUUACCAAGCUUUUACAUAUCAGUCAGCUGGAAACAUAAUCCCUUGCUGAGAGGACGUCUUCUUGACAAAAGCGGUUUGAAAGCGAUUUUCGAUACGCCUAAUAGAACAUAACUCAUGCUGCAUUCUCGCCAUCCCUUGUCAAAAUAUCCCUUUCCUG